AUGCACAAAUGCCGCGCACUCAGCCGUCUGCCGAAAGCAGGUCGUCUAAAGUCUCUCAACUAUAGGCGAACGACACCGGGCUCGUCUGCUCCUCUGUACGGAAACAUUAGCCCAGACCUCGCCGGUCCCGUCGACAGGAACCAUCCGGCGAACCGGCUUCCUCAUCUCUUACUACGGCGAACUCUACCCAUCAUUUAUGCACAGGGCUUCUCCAUCCGUAUCUAUCCCAAGGGCGCACUGCGUUUACCGAGGCGUCCGCGCCCUGAUCCUCCGUUUUCCCCUGCCCCAGCACAUUGGCCAGGAGGACGCAGGCUCAACGUCUCCGUUAUGCGAGUGGUCGGAAAGCCCGUGCACAAGUCGGGCUUUGUUCGUAGGAAAUUAGGCACCAAGAUGAGAACGGCAUUAUCGCUGAUUGUCACACGUGGGGCGAACGUGGUGGAAGUGAACAGGAAGGAGCGCAUAGUCUUCGACGAGCGCGACCUCGGCGAUAAGUGGUUGUUGCCCAACUGGACGUACUUGAUCAGUCCGACUCUUGAGGUGUACAACAUGUCUUACGAAUCACUCAUAUCCCGAAUGCGAGUCGUACUCAAAAAAUUAAAACGGCUAGGCGACGCGCUAGAUGUUAAAUGGGCGGAGCGGCAGAGGCCUGUCCGUGGACGAUCAGAAGAGUACUCCAAACAGAGUUUGGGGCCGAAAACGCCUCAGAAAGAAAAGUCGGUGGUGCGUACUGACGAGUCAAGUGCUAAACGGGUAGCUAGGCAGCAGCAACGUUCCCGUACACAUGAACGACCCGAAGGUGACUCGUUGCAAUCGAAGCGUGGAGACCCUCAACAGAGACAGUUGAAGGGGAAUUUGGAGGGAUUAGACACCGAAUCGGUCGCGGUCCGACACAGACCUUUCGAUAGACGAGACCGACCCGAGGUGCCUCCUUGGCCAGAACUUCUUCAACAGAGACAGCCGGAGGAGCGUACCUCAGAGGUCGAGAAAAAGGCCUCAAGGAAUGAAUCGCGGCCUCGGGGAACACCCAUCAAGCGCUUUCAUCUCUCAAAGGAACAGCUAGAGGAGACGUGGCAGGCAGUGACAGCUGAUCCUGAUGAAGCCGAGUCUCAAGCCUACACCUCCCGCACGUGGAGGCUAGAGAGUGAGGAUGAAGACGAAGACUCUGCUGGUCAAGAAUACCCUAACAAUACUGUUCCUGGAUGCGGAUCUCGUGAAAGCUUACCAACGCGAACUAUCGCUCCAUCGCGUCCAAUUAACACUUCAUCUCGCGAACAAAUUGCCUCUUCGAAGAGGGCCGAAAUAUUCGCGUCUUGGGUCCGAGCAUCCAAAUCUUCCUCUGCGGUUAGAGGGAGGAGCACUGUUACUUCCUACCUCUCGCCGUACGAAGUGAGACAUACCCCUGAAGGAUCAUCAUUAUCCCAACGUGACCAGUCGCAGCCAUCCACCCCACCUGAUCGGACAAGGUCGUCGCCUUCGCCCUUGAAGCUAUUCCAAUCAAAACCAGUUAUGAGACCUACCCGGCAUGGCGAAGUCAACAAGACCUCGAGGAAAUGA